GACUAGCGGUUUCCCGUUUUUUUUUCUGAAAUAUCGUUGUCUAUCCUCUAUCACUCGUGAUUCUUAUUGUUUAUUAUUGCUGGUCUUGAUAUUUUUUUAAACGUUAUUUAUUGUUCGUUGUUCGGUUUCCUAAUUCGUUCGUCGAUUAAUCCGAGAUAUCGUAUCUGGAAACCCAUUACAGAAGUAAUCAUGAAAUUGGUCAAAUUUUUGAUGAAACUUAGUCAUGAAACAGUGACUUUAGAACUUAAAAAUGGUACUAGUGUCCAUGGAACUAUCACUGGUGUUGAUGUAGCGAUGAAUACACACCUUAAAGCCGUAAAAAUGACUGUACGAAACCAACAACCUAUACAUUAUGAAACACUAAGUAUUCGAGGUAAUAACAUUCGGUAUUACAUUUUACCUGACUCCCUUACUCUUGAAACAUUAUUAGUCGAUGAUGCACCUAAAUCACGAAUGAACCGUGGUGGACGAGGAAGUCGUGGAGGACCAGGAAGAGCUGGUCGUGGACGUGGUGGUCCUAGGGGUCGAGGAAGUCGUGGAGGACCUCGUGGAAGUGGUGGUCGUGGGCGUGGUGGUCCACCUCGACGUUAAAACUUCCAUAUACUCUUUACAUACCUAACAAAUUCUUGUAUAUUUUUAUUGGUCUGCAUUCAUUGUAAAAAAUUAACUCUUG